UAUAAAGAGACUGACAAGAGAAAUAGAACUCUUAUUGGCACAUGAAUUUCACUUUCUAUUUUAGACACAAAGAUCAUCUGAGUAGAAGCAGAAAACUGAUCAGCCAUGGAGUUUAGACCCACUCUUACAAUUCUACUUCAUGCACUUCUUCUUUUUCAGUUUUUGGGUGAAAGCAAAGCCAGACACAUUGCAAAGCCUUCACCAAAAGAGCCUCUAAAUCCUCAACUCAAUAUAUUUUUCACUCCAAAUGAUUUAAAGAUUGGAAAAACUAUGCCUUUUUUUUUUGCUAUCAAAGACCCUAAAAGUUCUCCUCAUUUACUUCCUAGAGAUGAAGCAAGUUCAAUCCCAUUUCAUUCAUCACAUCUUCCUUAUCUCCUUGAAUUUUUCUCAUUUGCUAAAGAUUCACCUCAAGCAAAAGCUAUGGAAGAUACAUUUUUCCAUUGUGAAAUCUCAGCAAUGAAUGGUGAAUCCAAAUACUGUGCUACUUCUUUAGAAUCAAUGCUCGAUUGGGCUGGAGAAAUCUUGGGAGUUAGUACAAAACUCGAUGUUUACACAACAAAUUUCUUGAAAAAGUCUCCUGUUACUCUACAAAAUUACACAAUCAUGCAAAAACCAAAGGAGAUUUUAGUGCCCAAGUUAGUUGCUUGUCACACUUUGCCUUAUCCUUAUGCUGUGUUCUAUUGCCAUAUGCAAAAAGGAGAAAAUAAGUUAUUCAAGAUUUCACUUUUGGGUGAAAAUGGAGAUAGAAUUGAAGCAGCUGCAAUAUGUCAUAUGGAUACAAAAGAGUGGAAUCAUGAUCAUGUUGCUUUUACAGUGUUGAAAGUUGUGCCUGGAAGUUCACCUGUUUGUCACUUUUUUCCAGUUGAUAAUCUCGUUUGGGUUCCAUCAUUAUCCAUGUAAAUUUCUACUAUUAGCUAGUAUUAUGUAAUGUGAGUUGCUCGGAUUUUUCAAAAAUCUCGUCUCCUACUUUGUUGUUAUUGUAUUUUUAGAGUAUCUGAUAUAAGUGCGACAAUAUAUAUGAAGAGGUCAAGCAACAUAAGUAUUUUGUGGUA